AUGAUGAACAUGUCCGUAUUCAACACCAAAUCAGGCAAGGUAAUCAUGCACGACCCCUUUGCCAUGCGCCCCUUCUUUGGCUACAACUUUGGCCAGUACCUCUCUCACUGGCUGUCCAUGGCUGACCACCCUGGUGCCAAGCUGCCCAAGAUCUUCCAUGUCAACUGGUUCAGAAAGAGCCCCACAGCUGGUUUCCUCUGGCCUGGUUUUGGAGACAACAUCCGUGUGUUGGACUGGAUGUUCCGGCGAGUGAAUGGCAAUACUGGUGCCAUGCCUUCUGCAGUGGGCUACUUACCCUGCUGCCAUUCCCUGAAUCUCCAAGGCCUAGAGGGGAAGGUGGAUCUGAGUGAGCUGUUCUCCUUGGAUCAGGAGUUCUGGCAGAAGGAAGUGGGGGAGGUGAGGAAGUAUUUCACCACGCAAGUGAACGAUGACCUGCCCAAUGAGGUGGCCCGGCAGCUGGAGCUGUUGGAGCAGCGGGUGAGGCAGAUGUGAAGAGGAACAGAGUGCAGUUUAGGUAUUAUAAAUGGACACCAGAGGAUGUUUAGCCUUCAUGUGGCUGACAUGUGCAAGUGCAAUGUUUUCAUCCUACUCUGUUUUUAUUUAAAACUAAGUUAUUUCAAACAUUGACCCAGAUUCAUUGCCAUAUACCUGAAUAUAUUUUUUGUUUGAACGCUCAGCUCUGUUCUGUUUAUGUGGCUGUUUGUUGGCUUAAUUUAUUUUUAUACAGUAAUGGAAAGCCUUUUGUUCUCUUUAUUGUAAUCUGGGUCUCUAAAAC